AUGGCGACUUCGUCUCGCUUCUUCUCCUUCCACGCACCUUUCACUACGAGACGAAACUCUCUCAUUAUAGUCUCUUCAAAAACUGCUCAAAGAAAAAACUAUCUUCGACCUAAAAUUCUCAAAAUCCUAACCAAACCCUCUCUACCUAUCCCUUCUACUCUUCCACAACCCAUUCUCUCUCCUCCUCAAGAACAUGAACCCAGUGUUGAUGUUCCCGCCAACGAAAUUCACGGCGAAGAUGUCACCGCCGCUGUUGAAGAGACGGUUGAAUUGGAAGAACUGCGCGUUUCAGUGGAUUCAGCCAAAGACAAUGGUGUUUUUCGCAACAUAUCUGGUAAGGAUAUCUUCAAGUACGGUGGUAUGUAUUUGAUUGGGGCUUUUGUAUUUCAAACGGUUAUGUACUUUUGGAAAUUGGAAAAUCAGCGUUCUAAAUUGAAUGAUUUGGAGGUAAGUGAAAAGGAAAAGAGCAAUGGGAAAAUUGUGGAGGAUCAAAAUGUGGAAAAGAAAAUAGAGGAAAUUAGGGUAAUGGCGAGAGAAGCUCGGAGAAUUGAGUUAGAGAAGAAAGGGAAAGAGGAAGAGGAUGGGGAUGGGGAUAGUGAAAUUGAUCAUGAAAGUGUUGUUUCAAGUGGUAAACUUGGUAUUGAGAAAGAGGUUGUUGAGCGGUUAUUGAAGCUGAAGAGUAAGAUAAAUAGUAACAAGGAUAGUUUAUCGGCAUUGCGGUUGAAUGGUAGUGGAAAUUCUGUUAAGGGUGGUGGUGUGAAUGUGGAUAAGGGGAAAGAGGGGUUUGUCUUUAAGAAAAAAUCUAAAUUUAAAAGCCCUUUGACUAAGGAUGUGAAAACUCCCAAGGGCUUUUCAGGGACACGAGAUAGUAGAGUAUCGGAUGUAAAACCUCAAGAUGAUGGAAGUCAGGCCAUUGAUAAUGCUGAAAAAUUAGACGGGGAUAAGCAACUUGAUCAACAAGAUGUGACACAUAAAAAUAAAAAUGCUUCUGGUGUUCCAUUGGAAGAAAGAGGAAAAUCGGAUGACGACAAAUCUAGGGAAAUUGAAAAUGAUGGAAAGAAUGUGGAAGAAAAGAUGGAAACACCAAGUAUGAAAACAAAAGAUGGAUUUAAGACCAAGAGUAUAGGCAAUGGUGGUUUACCGAAGAAUAGUGUUGGGAUGUCUUCACCUGAAGUAAGAGAAUCGAGGACACAAAACUCCCAGGGUUUUGAAAAGGAUAAUGUGCACAGUAUAAAUGGCAGUUCAGGACAUGGAUUUGCUAUAAAAAAUUCAGCACGUAAACAAGCAAACACUAGGACUGAUAUGUGGUGGCUGAACCUACGUUAUGUUCUAGUAAUUCUCAUGCAAAGAGACUCCAACGCAGAAAGUCCCAAAGGUCUCUAUAGCUUAAACUUUACCUCUAAGCAAUGGGAGCAGGGUGAUGAUUCCUAUACUGUUGCUUUUGAGGAUCAAGCUGAUGCUAACAACUUCUGUUUUAUACUGGAAUCCUUUUUUGAAGAUUUGGGUGACGGUUUUAGGGCCAAUGUAGUUCCCAUGUCAAUACAAGAACUGAAUGAAGAAAUAAUAUCACAAGGCAAGAAAGUAUUAGUUGUAAAAAAGAGGCAGCUUCAACUCUAUGCCGGGCAACUACUUACUGAUGUUGAGAUGGCAUUGUGCUCAAUAAUAGAACAAGAUCAAAAUGUACCAUAA